GCGAUCAUGGGUUCUUCUUCUAGAAAUUUGUACACAGGAAUAGGUGAAGGACAAUCAACCACACGCCCACCUCUUUUUGAUGGAACCAACUAUACAUAUUGGAAAGAACGAAUGAGAAUCUAUAUUCGUUCCACGAACUUCCAAUUAUGGUUGGUUAUCAAAAACGGGGAAGAGGUGCCAAUGAAGAAAGUUGGAGACAAGUUGAUCCCCAAGACCGAAGACGAGUUUGAUGCCGAGGACAUCAAAAAGGUCGAGAACUAUGCAAAGGCAAUAAACAUGCUUUAUUGUGCCGUAAAUCCUGAUGACUACCGCAAGAUCUCCUGCUGCUCAACCGCCAAGGAGAUGUGGGAUAAGUUAGAGGUGACGAUGAAGGAGCACGAAAAGAUCGACGACAUGUUCGACCGCUUUUCUAAGAUAGUCAACGAUCUUCAUGCAUUAAAGAAGACUUACACCGACAGGGAUCUUGUGCAAAAGAUCCUACGAAGCUUGACAUCCGAAUGGCGAUCUAAGGCCGAUGCCAUCUAUGAGUCAAUCGGCACAUCAAAUGUCACCAUCGACAGUUUAAGAGGUAACUUAAAAACAUAUGAAUCUACUAUACUUAAUCCGUCUUUGAAUGACCAGAGAAAAGGCAUAGCAUUAAAAGCCUCCAAAGAACCGACAAUGAAUGACUCAAGCGACGAAGAUGAAGUCAAGCUCAUCAUGAAGAAGUUUUGCAAACUUCUAAAGAAAGAGAAGGCUGAGGAUGGCCCUGUGUGCUAUGGAUGUGGUGAAGCCGGGCAC